UGGUUUCGGCAGGAUAAACAUGAUUUUGCGAUUUUGACUGUUAAUACAAUUGUACGAUUUUGGCGGAAAACAUGAUUUUGCGGUUUUAAUGAAAAAUCAACUUUGUGGUUUUAGCAGAAACACAAUUUUGUGAUUUUGGAAAAAAAAACAUACUUUUACGAUUUUGACAACAGAAAAAUGAUUUCACGAUUUUGACAGAAAAAUGGGUUCUAAUGAAAUAUUUGAAUUUGUGGUUUUAGCAGGAAACACAAUUUGUGGUUUUGGAGGAAAAACAUUUACUAUUUUGAUUAAAAACAUUUGCGAUUUUGAUAGAAAACAUACGAAAAACUUCACUUUAUGGUUUUAGCUGGGAACACAAUUCUAUGGUUUUGGAGGAAAAACAUAUUCAACGAUUUGACAAAAACAUGAUUUUGCUAUUUUGACAAAAAAAAAUGUUUUAACGAUUUUAUGCAAAAAUAUGUUUAGCAGUUUUGGCCAAAAACACUAUUUUGUUCGACAUUUUCGUGAGAAAACAUAACCUUCAGGUUAUUAUAGAGGGGAAACAUGGUUUAGCGGUUUGAGGGAUCCACAUAGAGCUAGGAAGAAUCUGAGUGAAACAGUAGCUAAACCAAAGAGUUCGAAUGGUGGUAGAAUCAUUACCCUCCGUCCAAGGUAUGGAGAAGCUUCCUGUAGAGUUUCUUCCAGGUAAGAAAGCUGAACAAACCACGUUCAAACCGGCUAUUCCGAAAGCUGAACCGAUCAAGAGGAAGACUCAUGGAAUCGAGAAGCGAGAAGCAAGGAAGAUGAAGACAGAGGUUUACCGAGAAAGCGGUCGCUGUUUCUGGUCCAUCUUCGAUUCAUCUAUAAUGUAAAACAAAACGUUCUCGCAGACUGUUAAAAACCAGUUUUCUGUAAUAUUUUUUUUAACGGUUUCAUCAUGAUUUUCAAAUCUUUGAUCUUUUUGGAUGUGGACGUCUUUAAUGUUAUUUAUUACUAUAACUAGUCAAAUUUUAAGAAAGUGAUUGAACAAAAGACACCAUUUAUAGGCUUAUGGCAAAGAUUCAGUUGCGUCUCAAUCAGAAAUUCAAUAACCAAACAAAAAUAUAUACAGAUCUGGUAAUUAAAACUUGUAGGGAUACAUAUAUACAAGAUUCAUGUUCUGUCACAAAAAUCCAACUUUUUUUGUGAAAACAAAAAUCCAACAUGUGUAUUCUCACUCUCUUUUCUUCUUCAAUCAUGAUUCAUUCAUUGUACAUGUUCUAUAAGCUGUAUGGACAAACACAUUUUGGAAGUAUUGAUAAGUCGACAAAAUAUAAAAUCUUGAAACUUGGAGAAAGAAGCAGACACUAGAAAAUUGAUGUUACUCAGCCAAUAGUGAUGAGUUUGAUAGUACAAGAUGAGUAGUUCUCUUAGCCAGAGAAUCGGCCUCGAUGUCACUUAAUCUAGGAACAUGAUUAAAUCCGAUAGAAUAAUUAAAAGAGUUACAUAAUAAAAAAAUGUACCAGGGAUGACUCUUUGAAACCCUGAUGCAAUAUUUGCCUUUGGAGUUGAGCAACGAGAUAAAAGAUUUAGAAUGUGACUAAAGAGAGAGCGUGCUGCGAUGUUACCUUAGUGAACAAUAGUUUGACCUUUUUCUUGAGCUUUGAGGUUUUUGAUUUGUUUCAUUCCACAUUUUUUGAUCUGUGUGUCAUUCCACAUGUUUUUGUCGGUAAAAAAAUAUGAUAAUCGUAUUUCAUAGUUUCAUAUUUGGCGGUGUGAUCGAUCAAGGAAUUUUUGUUUGUAUUGUUAUUAUUAUUGUAGCUUAUUAUUACGAAAAGACGUCUCAUGUAAACAAGUAUCCCUACCUCUUUGAAGUUUGAGCCACUUACUCCAAAAACUGUCUCAACUCUCAAUCUUGAGCUCUCUUCCUUGUUAACUACGUAACUACCCUCCAUGCCUCUCGCUUUUGUCUCCUCACUGACAGGGCUAGUUUAGGUAUUUUCGUAGUUUCAUCUGAAUCACCGAAAAUAAAAGGGAGGAAACCUUUUUGGUGGAUCAUCCCUAUUCUUAAUCGUCUCUUUUGUUUACGUGUAACGAUUCCAACUUCAAAUGAUUUCUCUAUAUAUAUGAGUUACACUGAAAAAGAGUCUUUUAAGUAGUUCUAUGGUUUAUUUCUUGAGCAAGAAGAAACAGAACACCAUUAAAUGUCCGCAAAGAGGAAGGAGCUUCUGUCCUUAGCCAUGGAGAGAACUAGUGAAUGGAUUUCAUCUCAAGAGAUUCCAAGUGAUAUCACUGUUCACAUAGGAGACACGUCCUUUUCCCUCCAUAAGAUUCUUCUGUCAAAAUGUGGGUUUAUAAAGAAACUUACUUCCGAGUCAAGCAACGAUUCGAACAUCAGCGUCAUCAAGAUCCCAGAUUUUCCAGGAGGUGCAGAAGCAUUCGAGCUAGCCAUCAAAUCUUGCUACGGAAUAAACUUAGAGAUGAACGCAGAGAACAUCGCCAUGCUGCGUUGCGCAGCAGAGUAUCUUGACAUGACAGAGGAACAUUCUGUUGCAAACCUUGUGGAGACAACUGAGGUUUACUUAAACGAAGUGAUCCUCAAGAGUUUACCGAGUUCAGUUAAAGUUCUACAAAGAUCUGAGGGUUUGGUUCCUAUGGCUGAGAGAGUGAAGCUUGUGAGCCGGUGCAUCGAUGCAAUAGCUUAUGUAACUUGUCAGGAGAGCCAAAACAAGGAGGAUGUAGUUGACUUGUGGGCUGAGGAAUUAUCUGUUCUAAGGAUUGAUAUGUUUCAACGUGUCUUGAUAGCAAUGAUGGCUAGAGGGUUUAAGCAACACACACUUGGUCCAGUGCUUAUGCUAUAUGCUCAAAAAGCUCUUAGAGGGUUGCAGGAGAUAUCUGGACGAGGGGCCAAGAAGAUUGAGGUGGAACAAGAACCGGAGAAAAGAGUGAUUCUUGAAACAAUAGUGAGCCUUCUUCCAAGGGGGAGAAACGCAGUUUCAGUGAGCUUUCUUUCAAUGCUUUUAAGAGCUGCGUUGUACCUAGAAACCACAGUAGCUUGUAGGCUUGAUUUGGAGAAGAGAAUGGGAUUACAUUUAAGACAAGCCGUGCUUGAUGAUCUAUUGAUUCCCUCGUUCAAUGGAGACAACACAAUGUUUGAUGUGGACACUGUUCAACGGAUCCUCAUGAACUAUCUCGAGUUUGAAGUUGAAGGAAACACUGUUGAUUUUGCUACUGAUAUUGGUGAACUCAUGGAGUCUUAUCUUGCUGAAGUCGCUUCUGAUAGAAACAUAAACUUGGUGAAGUUCAUGGGCAUAGCAGAAUGCAUUCCAGAGCAGUCUAGGAUAACAGAUGAUGGCAUAUAUCGAGCCAUUGACAUGUACCUCAAGGUGCAUCCAAAUAUAAGUGAAGUGGAGAAGAAGAAAAUAUGCAGCUUAAUGAACAGCCAAAAGCUAUCGCAAGAAGCUUGUGCUCACGCAGCACAAAACAAACGUCUCCCUGUACAUAUAGUAGCCCAAGUUCUGCACCAAGAGCAACAAAGUCUCCGCCAAGUUUUAUGUGAUUCAGAUUCUCCAGUAGCCGCAACCGCAAUUGCACCAGAAAGUCCUCCUCCUCCUACGCUAAGCUCCUACAACAAUGAGCUAUCCAAACUAAACCGGGAAAACCAAGACUUGAAGCUCGAGUUGCUCAAAGUGAAAAUGACGUUGAAGGAACUGGAGAGGGAGAAAGAUUUUGAAAUCAAGAAUUGUUCGGAUUGUUCUUCGGUUUCAACUGCUUCGGUGGUUAAGUCUCCAUUACGGAGAAAGUCAUUUAUAAGUUCCGUUUCUCGGAAGCUUGGAAAGCUUAACCCUUUUGGCCACACACAAGGACGAACCAUGACGCGUAAAGGCCGGAGACAUUCUAUAUCUUAGAGACAAUAAACACUUGUUCUUGUUGAUGUUUUUUUCAGUUCCUGUUUUAAAAGGAGGUUUUUCUGUAUCAACAUGUUUCAUUGUAUAAGGAGAGCAUGCGGAGAACAUCUCUAUAGAGUUUCUGUGUUUGGUGUAAUCCUAAAUAUUAGGGUCAUGCAAUGCAUAUGUAACGCAUCUUCCAGCUUUUACUCAA